ACGGCCCGGCCCGUUCAGUGUACACCGAACGUUUGAGACCCUCGGUUCGGCGCAAUUUCUCCCAAAAAGCACGUGCGUGAGGGAAAAAAUUGCCAAAAUAUAGACAUAGUGAUCGUUGUGACGGACAAACAGUCCAGUGCAGUGUUACAGUUGAUUUAGUGUGUUUAAACUAGUGUUUUGUGAACAGUGUUCCAGUGAUUUGUUCGUUCCCGCGGGGCUUACUAUAUUUACCAAAAUGGCCGCUAUAACGCAAGACCCACAAAAUAAACCCUAACCAAGGAUGUCAUAACAACAAAUCAAAUGAAUUCACAAGAAAAUAAAAGGGAAACAUAAUAAAGACAUGGGUGUACAAAGGUGAUAUUCACAGAAAAUGGACACCCAUAAACUGCCACUACACAUUUGCAAUUCAAUAAAACAGUAUAUGGUAAACAUAGAUGUAAUUUCGAGAAUAGUAAAGAUUCACUUCCUAAAGAUAAACCAACAGAAGAGAAAGUUAGCGAUACAAAUCGGACUACAGGAGAAGUUAAAGAUAAUAGUGCUACUAAUUUUACUGAUGUCACAAAAUUCAGAUUGCAACGGUUUUGGUGGCCGAAAUUCUAUGCUAAGAACAAGGGUGAUUGGAACUCGUUACGGGAAGCUUCAAGGAAUAAUUUUACCUAUGGAUCAACAUAAAUACUUGAAACCGGUGGAGGCGUAUCUUGGCGUUCCAUAUGCGACGCCACCAACGGGGUCAAACAGGUUUGCGCCAACGCGAGCACCAGCUCCCUGGGAUGACGUAAAGACUGUGGACCAAAUGGGUCCGGUCUGUCCUCAAAGACUGCCUGAUAUCUCCAACGAGACGCUGGCUUUGGAGAGGAUGCCUAAAGGCAGGCUGGAGUACUUGAGAAGACUGCUGCCCAGGCUAAAGAAUCAGAGUGAAGACUGCCUGUAUAUGAACAUCUAUACGCCAGUUCAAGUUGGCCCUACACUCCAAGCGAAGUAUCCAGUAGUCAUCUUCAUCCAUGGUGAAUCUUUCGAGUGGAACUCUGGCAACGUGUACGACGGUUCUGUCUUAGCCAGUUACGGCGGCAUGGUUGUCAUCACAAUUAAUUACAGGCUUGGUAUUUUGGGUUUCUUAAACGCGAAUCCAAUACCUCACCUAAAAGCUCGAGUGGCGAACUACGGCCUGAUGGAUCAGAUAGCAGCCUUGCAUUGGGUGCAACAGAAUAUUGCCCUGUUCGGCGGUGAUGCUGGCAAUGUCACUAUGUUAGGACAUGGCUCUGGGGCCGCCUGUAUUAAUUUUCUGAUGAUUUCGCCUACUGUUAUGCCUGGACUAUUCCAUCGCUCAAUUCUUCUAUCAGGCUCAGCACUCAGUUCUUGGGCACUAGUCGAAGACCCUGUCAGUUUUUCCGUCCAAUUAGCAAAACAGGCUAACUGCACGCUUCCAGAAGACAUUGUAAAAGACCACGAGCUCAUAGUAGACUGCCUUAGAGAAGUACCCUUAGAUGAACUAAUGUCUGCAGAAAUUAGUACCCCAAGUUACUUGACUGCCUUUGGACCUUCAGUAGACGGUGUGGUAGUCAAAACCGAUUAUGCAAAAGAGCUUCUUACAUUCUUCAUACCAAAUGACCUUCAAGGUUUUUCGAGCGUAUCAGGAGUAAAUAACCUUAAAGCUGAUAAAAGGAGCGGAGAAAGAAUGUUUGGCAUAAGGGGAGGACAAAACAAGUAUGAUCUUCUCUUCGGAGUCGUAACUAGCGAAGCCCUUUGGAAAUUUUCGGCUCAGGACAUACAAAACGGGUUCGAAGGUGAAAGAAGGGAUAGAAUAAUAAGGACAUACGUCAGGAACGCAUACACAUAUCAUUUGAGUGAAAUAUUCUUCACAAUCGUGAACGAGUACACGGACUGGGAGAGGACCGUUCAGCAUCCAAUAAACACCAGAGACGCAGCAGUAUUAGCUCUCUCAGAUGCUCAAUACGUGGCUCCUCUGGUCCAGACAGGAGACUUCCUCAGCUCGCCAGACACCUCGCCCAGGACCUUCUUCUACGUGUUCGACUACCAGACCAAAGAUGGGGAUUAUCCUCAGGUGAGGCGUAUGGGAUCAGUACACGGCGAAGAGUUACCGUACUUAUUCGGGGCCCCAUUAGUGGAGGGUUUAGGCCAUUUUCCAAGGAACUAUACGAAAUCUGAAGUGGCCCUGUCUGAGGCUUUCAUACUGUAUAUGGCUAAUUUUGCGAGGACCGGGAACCCAAAUGAAGUUCAUCGGCAAGAAUCAGUGCUGCCAAUAUCACGGGAGAGGAAUAAGUACAAGAGCAUACUGUGGGACGAGUAUGACACACUUUACCAAAAGUAUUUGGAAAUCGGUAUGAAACCGCGGAUGAAAAACCAUUAUAGGGCACAUCAGCUGUCCGUGUGGUUACGCUUGAUCCCGGAAAUCCACCGCGCCGGGAUGAAAGACGUGGUCGCUAAACACAACCUUUUUAGGAACCACAACGACCCUGAGUUGUACGACGGGCUCGUGAGGCCGGACCCACUCACACGGGCGAACUACUUCGACCCUACGAUGGAGCUGUACCGCAAACCGACCUACAACCUCACAUUAGACAUACCGUCCACUACGAUGGACACUUACGUCACGACCUGCAUUAGUGUGAUGUCCGCGCGACCAGGGUCCGCUGUCACACAGAGCCAAGUACCCAACAACACACACACGCAAGACGUCUCUAACUUAGAGGUGGCGGGCUACACCGCAUACUCCACAGCUCUAAGCGUCACCAUAGCUAUAGGAUGCUCACUUCUUAUUCUAAACGUCCUAAUAUUCGCCGGUGUCUACUACCAAAGAGAUAAAACAAGACUGCAAGUAAAAGCACUCCAGCAACAACAGAAAAGGAACCAUAACUCAACGUUCGAUAGCGUAUCGUCGAAGCAUCCCCAUUACUUCGUCGGACACUCGCAAAGCUCGAGCACGAUUGUAGACAUCGAUCAUCAGGACAAAAACGCGAUAAUCGCAAUGACAAAUCGAGUUCCCCACUUCACUACAGCGAACUGCCCGAACGUUUGUCACACCGGGAUACAAAUGUCGAAUUUGUCGCAGAAAUCGAGCCCGCCAACAAAUAGGGGACAAUGUACGACGUUGCCGAGGAAAGUGGGGUUCAGUUAUCAGCAGAAUCAGAUAUGUAAUGCGUCCAAUUGUAUGACGCUACCUAAGAACGCGACUUUUAUGAGCAGUGCGGGGAAUUUGCCUGACGUGCAAGCUCAGACGGGGCAGUCUCAAGGGCCCGGCAACGGGUCCGUGCUCCCCCCGCCGUCUUCGCCCCCCUCCCAGCACUUCUCGCAGUCUCGGGUUCCGCAGGCGGCGAUGUCUGAAAUGAACGUAUGAGACAUGGAAGAUAUUUACAAUUAUGUGUAAAGUGACGAUCGGAACAUUGAGUGAGUGUCACGGGACAAGCCAUGGUUGUAAAUAUCGAACUAAAGCAGUGUAUAUACGAUGUUAACUUUAUGUAAUAAUUAUGUAAUACAGGUAACGUUUUAAGUAUUCAUAGGUGUAAUUAUUGUAAUUAUAGGUUUCUGAAUAAAUUGUAAUUUUUUUAAAAGGAUAAUCCAAUUUUUCAGAAAUCGAAAUAAACGAAUCUGUAAAUUUUGUCAUUUUCGUUGAUCAUGUAAAUAUAAUUAUUGUAAUAUCAUCGCCAUUCAAAAUGGAUGACAGAGGAGAAAAAAAUGAUAAAGUCUUCAAUCUCAUUAUGGAUAACAAUGCAAUUAAAUAUGAAAAUUUUGAAAUGAGUUCUAAUCACGAACUGUGUGUUGGGCAAAUCAAAUCAUGCAGCAAAAAUAACAUACAUAUUGUUACUUCACUUAGUACCGUCAUUGAAAAUGACUAUUGUAAAUAAAUUAGAAUCUUAAAGACUGUAUACUUACAAUAAGAUAAUCUCAGUUUAAAGGGCCAUGUGACACAGACCAUUAACUUCGUUUUUUGCGUACUUUCUUUAGAAUGCCAAAGUGUCAGCAUUAGGAAGUUUUUAAAACGGCGAAUUAUCCUUAUUUUCCUGUCUAAGUACGUGCUUGGAACUUUCUUGAGUAAAAAAGGAAUUUUAUUUCAUUUAUACGACGAACCUAACAGAGUAUUAAAUUGAGGGCCUAGAAAAAAAG